AUGGAUUAUAAGGACCAGAAAUUACCACCAUCUAACUACGCCGUGCUGAGAUGGUUUGGUUUUGAUCAAUUUGUACCAGAGACAGCAGUGACCUCGCACUGGGUUUCACCUAAAGUGUUCCUUGCAAUUCGAUCACUUUUAGCUUUAUACUCAACCAUUGUUAUUUGGACAGAUAUUGGCUUCGAUGCCUACCACGGAAAAUUUACUGGAUUUUUUGCCUUCUUUACAAACUUAACAUUUAUUGGUCUUCAUGCAUAUCUUAUUACUUCUACUGUGCACCAUAUCAGAUACCUUCGAAAUAAAAAUGUCGACUCAUUCUUGAAACAACCUGCAGUUCUUAAUUAUCUUUAUGUGUACCUCUACUGUACGGUGAUCACAAACAACAUUGUGACCCCAGUGGUGUUUUGGGGGAUUCUAGCAAGAUACCUCGGACCAAUUUCUACAAUGCAAUCUUGGCUGAACGCUUCAGUACAUGGCGCAUCGUUCUUUUUGAUGAUUUUUGACGUCAUUUUCAAUCGCAUGAAGGUUCCUAUCCGAAUGAUUUUAUUCGUUUUUUUCACUGUGGUUCUCUACAUGCUUUUGACAUUUAUUGUUCAUGCAAGCGCCGGCUAUUGGGUGUACCCCUUUUUGGAUUGGAAACAAGGACCGAUCACCGCAGCAUAUUAUUUUGCAGUAGCUGUUAUUGUUGUACUCGCGUUUUUUAUUCAGGUUCUUAUUCAUUAUGUGCGUGACCUGAUCGCGCGCAAAACCGCUCGAUCCCAUCAAAAUACAGUUUCCGACAGUCAAGACAUGACUAAACUUGAAACAAACCACUCCAAUGUGGUUUAA